AGAAGGUUUAAAAACAAAUGAUAUAUGGGCAGCUGGGGCUAACUUCUAGAAGAAAAAGGUUAUAGGGAAAACAACUCCUAAAUGCAAAGCAUAAAUUGUGAUUGAAUACUGGUUUAGGAAAAACUAGCUGCAAAGGACGUUUGGGUGUCAAAUGGAGAAAAUUGAUUAUGAACUGGGUUUUAAAUGGUAUAAGGGAAUCGUUCAUUGUUUUAGGUCUGCUAAUGGUCUUAUGGUUAUGUAGGAGCAUGUUCUUUGGAGACAGAUGCUGAAGAAUUAUUUAGGGGUUAAAUGAUGUGAUGUCUAGAAGGUGCUCAGUUCAGGGGAGAAAAAACCUAGAUAGACGGAUCGAUUUAUCACGUGAAAAAGCAUUAAUGAUCAUUGAAUCUAAGCAGUGGGUAUAUGGCUGUUUAUUAUGCUAUGCCCUCAACUUGCUAUUUGAAAAUUUUCAUAAUAAAAAAAUUGGAAAAAAUAAAAAAGGAAAGGAAAACUUUAUCAGUAUAAAUGGAAAUGUAGAUCUCUUGCCAUAAAUAAACGAUUACUAUGAAAAUGAACACAGUGCAAAACAAAAUAACCGUUCUAGCUGCAUUCUGUUCCCUUGCCAAGGCUCUGAGACUUUCUCCUUCAGGAAGAAUUAAGAGAGGAUUGAAAAGGGAGCUCUCUGCCACCUGGCUGGGGUCGUUUACACUGUUCCCCUCUGGGACCUGCUGUCCUGAGGACUUGCUUUCGCCUCUUAGGUGCUGCUGUCCCAUGGUUGAUGGGGAGCCCAGGCCAUGGUUGCCGUCUCCCUCCCCGGCCAUGGACGAGAUCACCUUCAAAAGCGACACCGUGCUGUCAGACGUCCACCUCCACACCCCAAACCAGAGACAUCUCAUGGUGCGGCUGAGUGGCGUGGGGCAGCCCGUCUUCCUGUCCCAGUUCAAGCUUCUGUGGAACCAAGCCUCUCAGACAGACUCGGGGGCUGAGGGUGGCAAUCACAGAGCCCAUCACGCAGAGGUGACUUCUCCCGCCAGAAGCAGCUGCAGCAGUGAGGGAGUCUCCCUCCAGGCUGGGGCCGACGCCACCAGCCAGGAGGGGAUGGCAGCUCAGCUGGACGAGGAUGGGGAUUUGGACGUUGUGAGAAGACCACGGGCUGCCUCUCCCUCCAAGCCCUUGGGGCCUCCGAGAGACAAGGUACAUCCCAUGAUUCUAACGCAGGAGGAAGAUGACGUCCUGGGAGACGAAGCACGAGAGAGUGGCCCCUACGAUGUCAUCAAAAUAGAGCACACCAUGGCCACCCCCCUGGAGGAUGUUGGCAAGCAGGUGUGGCGGGGCGCCCUGUUCCUGGCGGACUACAUCCUGUCCCAGCGGGACCUCUUCCAGGGUCGCACGGUGCUGGAGCUCGGGGCGGGCACCGGGCUGGCCAGCAUCCUCGCGGCCACCGUGGCGCAGACCGUCUACUGUACAGAUGUCGGUGCAGAUCUCUUGGCCAUGUGCCAGCGAAACAUUGCCCUUAACAGCCACCUGACUGCCGCUGGAGGCGGUGUGAUUAAGGUCAAGGAACUGGACUGGCUGAAAGACGAUCUCUGCACAGAUCCCGAGGUCCCCUUCAGCUGGUCGGAGGAGGACAUCUCCGACCUGUACGGCCACACCACCAUCCUGCUCGCGGCCGAAGUGUUUUACGACGAUGACCUAACUGACGCUCUGUUUAAAACACUGUCCCGACUGGCUCACAGGUUGAAGAACGCCUCCACCGCCAUCCUCUCUGUGGAGAAGAGGCUGAACUUCACGCUGCGGCACCUGGAGGUCACGUGCGAGGCCUACGACCACUUCCGCUCAUGCCUGCGGCGACUGGAGGAGCUGACCGGUGGGCGCCUGCGCUUCGCAGUGGAGCCGGUGGACGCUUCCUUCCCGCAGCUCUUGGUCUACGAGCGCAUCCAGCAGCUGGUAGGUGUGCCCGCCCGCCCGAGGGCAGCUUGCUCUGGCGUGAGGCUGUCGGCUGGAGGAGGUCGUGAGCCAGCCUCCAGGUCCAGCCCGGCCCGCGCUCUCCCCGCUGACCCCGACGCUGGGCUCUCUCCAGGUCCAGGAGGACCUGCCUGGCCAACGGUCACUUGGCCUUAGAGCACUUCCUCUUGCCGCAGGCAGUGCAGACUCCGGGGGAAGCGGGGGCGGGGGGGGG